AGACACGGACAAAAAGGAAAAAAUACGACCACAUUAUAAAAAUGUCGAGGUUUUUUUUUUCCACACAGAUGAACAUUUUUGUCUUUUCACGGUUCUUUUUUCUUUUUAUUGGUAUCCUUCCAUUUUCUAACGCGGUGCGGUAGUUCCGCUCUCUCCUUGUCUCUUUUUUUUUUAUCUUUGCAAAACGCUGGCUUCAGCUUUUUUUUUUUAGACGAUGAACAAGCCAUUUUUCAACUUGAAAAAAGAUCCCGCUAAGAAUAUAUCCAAAUCAAAUAAUAAUCCAACUUCCGAGAAUUUAAGCAAGUUCAAAGGGAUCAAAUCGGGCUUGACGCUCUUUCGUAAAUUACGCAGCACACUCAGAGUUUUCACUCAUCACCACGAACCUCAUCACCGAACGCUGUGGCAGUGGUGCCAUCAUCACAAGAAUGGAGACACACCACGUCGUUCAGUUUUGCCACAAACCUUAUCCCGUUUUCGUAGCCUGGACGAUAUAAACAUCUCGACCCACUCGAAACCAUCCGAUCAAACCAAUUUCUAUCCUGAAGACGAACCGUAUCGUCGGUUGCGAGCCUCCCGAUCCCAAACCAAAUCCAUAAAACUCCGACGGUCCCUCAGCCGGGAACAGCUUCACCAUGCCUACACUAUCCCCCACAACGGCUAUGGUCGAAAAGCAGACCAACCACUCACCAGUAUUCUCAUCAAACCAUACGGCUCCUCUACCCACACUGUACAUCCUGCUUCAUCUUGCUCCACUUCAUCGGCGUCGGCUGGACCUGCUUCGGAGCGUAUAUCCAUUGGCUCGCUAUCAUCCAGAAAGCCAUCUGACCACAAACGACAAAACUCUCACUUGUCGUCGUAUGUGUUAGCUUCCAAUAUCACGACACAUUCGGAGGAUCUCACUGCCAAGGAAUUUGCCGACAUAGCGGGGAUCAAGAUUUUGCCUGAAGAUGAAUUCGACGACGACGCUGUCAUGUAUACAGCUUCCUCUUUUCUUCCCUUUCCGUACCAUCAUCGUGAAGAAACUGUCAAUAUGUCGCUUUAUACCCAAUCGUCCAUGUAUAGUCAUGGCGACACGCUGCGGCGGCUACAGAUUUGGGAUCCUGAAUUUUGGAUCAAUCCGGACUCUGGCCAGUCAGCGUCCAGUGUCGGGACCAGUUCCCAAGGUCACAUUCGUGCUGCAGAUCAUGUCACCAAACAUCACGAUUCUGGCCUGGAGUUAUUACCUGUAUCGCAUGACCUUCGUCGAGUCAAGACAGUUCCCGACGAAGACCCUUACCACCGUCUAGGAUUGCAGCGCGCUUCAACGACCAUGGCCCGCAACCACGUUAUUAAGAAAGGUCGUUUUGAAAUUCACCUGGAAACCACCAACAGCAUCCCCGACAUCCAUCACCGUUGUGCUUACACAGAGACGCUUGUGGAUCGAAAACGAAGUCAUACCGUUUACCCAUCUGCGCCACUAGCAGCGGUAUUGCCUAGUUCGGCAUCGGAAGCAUGACCCAACUUGACAACGUAGGCCCACUUUUCCCUCGGAUGAUUUUUUUUAUCUUCAUUGUAACAUAUUGUAUGUAUUUUUGAUUCAUAACCAUCAAAAUGUAUAUUUCUUAAACAGAGAAAAAGAAUAUUUAUUAUUUAUUUACUGAUCUGUCUGACUCGGAAGACAUAGAGCAG